AAGCCCAGGGUCGGGGGAGGCAACCUUUCGUUAUCCCGCUCCUGAACGGCACCAACUCCCGGUCUCACUUCCUGUGCCAGAGGGCAUGGACCGUGUCGUGUAGUGUGGGACUUGUGUUCGAUCCCCGGUUCCUUUGAGGAGCGCCAACUCAACGCCGCUCGGAGGGAACCAUAUCUGGUCAAAGUAUUCGGCGCUGCUGCUGUCACCCGGCCGGACCGUCCGGCUAUAAAUAGCGCCGGUGGAGGUUUUAUUCUUUCCCUCCCAGUGAAUGUGGGGUUUCUGCAGCCGCUGAGCCAACAUAUUGUCUUUCUCAUUUGAAGGAUUUUACUGAGGUGUGUUCCAUCAUGUCGGUGCUGAGGAAGGAGAUGGAGAAGUACAGAGACGUCGACGAGGACGAGCUGCUCAUGAAGCUCUCUGAAGAAGAGCUGCAGCGGUUAGAAAAUGAACUGGAGGAGUUGGACCCCGACAAUGCACUCUUGCCUGCUGGGAUGCGUCAGAAGGAUCAGACCAAGAAAUUACCCACAGGACAGUUUCAAAGAGGCAACCUGCUGGCUCAUCUGGAGAAACAAGCCAACGAACACCAAGACAGAGAAGACCUGGUGCCUUUCACAGGAGAGAAGAGAGGAAAGGCCUGGGUGCCUAAAAAGAUUGUCGACCCCAUCAUGGAGAAUGUGACCCUGGAGCCCGAGCUUGAAGAAGCUCUUGCCAGCGCUACUGAUGCCGAACUUUGUGAUAUAGCAGCCAUCCUGGGCAUGCACACGCUGAUGAGUAACCAGCAGUACUACGAAGCUCUGGCGAGCAGCAACAUCGUGAACAAGCAAGGCCUUAACAGCGUGAUCCAGUCCACUCAGUACAAACCAGUGCCUGAUGAGGAGCCCAAUUCAACUGAUGUGGAGGACACUCUCAUGAGGGUAAAAAGGAAUGAUCCAGAGCUUGUGGAGGUCAACCUCAACAACAUCAAGAACAUUCCCAUCCCGACUUUAAAGGCGUACGCUGAAGCUCUGAUCAAGAACACGGUGGUGGAGAGGUUCAGUAUCGUUGGGACUCGAAGCAACGACCCAGUAGCAUUUGCACUGGCUGAGAUGCUCAAGGUUAACACAACACUAAAGAGCCUGAAUGUUGAGUCCAACUUCAUAACAGGGACUGGAAUCCUGGCUCUCAUUAAAUCGCUACAGUUCAACAGAACCCUACUAGAGCUCAAAAUUGACAAUCAGAGUCAGCCGUUAGGCAACAAGGUGGAGAUGGAGAUAGCCAGCAUGUUGGAGAAAAACACCACACUCUUGAGGUUCGGCUACCAUUUCACCCAGCAGGGCCCGCGCCUCAGAGGCUCCAACGCCAUGAUGAACAACAAUGACCUUGCCCGUGUUGUCAGGUCAGAGUCUGAUGGCUCCUUCACCCUCACUUUGUCUGUCCCUGAGCUGGAACGGGCCUUUGGGAAAAAGUUCAAGUCAAAGACUAAUGAGAAAGAGAAGGCUUGAAGGAGGACCCAUCCUCCCCAAGUGUCGGACAAAUGUGUAGAAACCGCCCCCGACCCUCCAUCACCCUGCUGGUUUGUUUUUUUGCCUUCCACCUGCCAUUUAAAAACAACAACAAAAAAACACUUCCCGACAAUCUCUACAGACCGCCUUGAACAUCAUCUCUUGGUUAUGCAAGUGCAAUUCAGGGUUCAGAGAAAAUACUUUUUGGACUUUUUAAGAAGGUGGAUAGUAAAGGAUGAAACCAGUGUAGUCCGCAGUAUCCACGCGUGCAUCCAAUGCAUGCGAAAAGAGAUGAUUCGUUUUUCAAUCAAUCAAAGUUUAUUUAUAUAGCCCUUAAUCACAAGUGUCUCAAAGGGCUGCACAAGGCACAACGACAUCCUCGGCUCAGAUCCCACAUCAGGGCAAGAAAAAAACUCAACCCAAUGGGUUUUUGAAUGUUUAUGUGCUGGGAUGGAAACUAACCGCACAGUGCUGCCAUCUAGCGUCCUUUACUAGCAACUGCAGUGCCUUGACUCCUUGGACUGUUUGUGAUUGACGAUGGCUUCACAUUUUGAACAGUCACAUUUGGCAAUCUGUGUUUCUACUGUUGUGUUGAAUUAUCAUUAUUAGUCGUACGAUUGUUUUGCUGUAAAUGACGUGUUCUGAUGUUGUUCUUCACAUCUUUCUGCAAGUUUUACACUGUUUGUCCCAUCCAUAGCCAAAACCAAAGUGUCAGACCGCAAGAUAUUUAGUUUAUGACAUCCAAGAAUUAUGCCGUUUCUAACAGGCACCCAACAGUAACAAAUAUAUGACACUUAUUUGCCAUGUCACCAAAAAUGUGGAUGAUUUGGCAGAUAAUUUAACAUAAAUUCACCUGCACUGAUUUGGUUUUAGUAUCAACAUUGCGCUGCACCCGUCCUUCAAUGUUCUCCAUGUGGCCCUCGCUGUAUUCAUUUUGGCCAUUUCUGGGUUCAGUGGCGGUUGUAGCUCAGUAUGUAAAAGUUAAAAAAAAGUACCACUGAUAGUCACACACACACUAGGUGUGGUGAAAUUACCCUCUGCAUUUGACCCAUCCCCUUGUUCCACCCCCUGGGCGGUGAGGGGAGCAGUAAGCAGCAGCGGUGGCCGCACACAGGAAUCAUUUUGGUGAUUGAAGGCCAAUUCCAACCCUUACAGUCAGGGUACCCACACAACACACUAGGGGUGUUAAUUCCCAACUAAAAUCCAAGCCAAAAGUUUGGACACACCUUCUCAUUCAAUGCCAUCCAUCCAUCCAUCUUCUUCCGCUUAUCCGAGGUCGGGUCGCGGGGGCAGCAGCCUAAGGAGAGAAGCCCAGACUUCCCUCUCCCCAGCCACUUCGUCCAACUCUUCCCGGGGGACCCCGAGGCGUUCCCAGGCCAGCCGGGAGACAUAGUCUUCCCAACGUUUCCUGGGUCUUCCCCGUGGCCUCCUACCGGUCGGACGUGCUCUAAACACCUCCCUAGGGAGGCAUUCGGGUGGCAUCCUGACCAGAUGCCCGAACCACCUCAUCUGGCUCCUCUCCAUGUGGAGGAACAGCGGCUUUACUUCUCACCCUAUCUCUAAGGGAGAGCCCCGCCACCCGGCAGAGGAAACUCAUUUGGGCCGCUUGUACCCGUGAUCUUGUCCUUUCGGUCAUAACCCAAAGCUCAUGACCAUAGGUGAGGAUGGGAACGUAGAUAGACCGGUAAAUUGAGAGCUUUGCCUUCCGGCUCAGCGCCUUCUUCAUCACAAUGGAUUGAUACAGCGUCCGCAUUACUGAAUACGCCGCACCGAUCCGCCUGUCGAUCUCACGAUCCACUCUUCCCUUAUUCGUGAACAAGACUCUGAGGUACUUGAACUCCUCCACUUGGGGCAGGGUCUCCUCUCCAACCUGGAGAUGGCACUCAACCCUUUUCCGGACGAGAAAUUCAAUUAAUUCAGUGUGUUUUCUUUAUUUUCAUGACUAUUUACAUUGUAGAUUGUCACUGAAGGCAUCAAAACUAUGAACAUGUGGAGUUAUGUACUUAACAAAAAAAAAGGUGAAAUAACCGAAAACAUGUUUUAUAUUUUAGUUUCUUCAAAAUAGCCUCCCUUUGCUCUGAUUACUGUUUUGCACACUCUUGGCAUUCUCGCGAUGAGCUUCAAGAGGUAGUCACCUGAAAUGGUUUUCACUUCACAGGCGUCAUAGUUUUGAUGCCUUCAGUGACAAUCUACAAUGUAAAUAGUCAUGAAAAUAAAGAAAACGCAUUGAAAUGAGAAGGUGUGUCCAAACUUUUGGCCUCUACUGUAUGUUUUAUUCUUUUUUAAUUUUACAAUACAAAUAUUGAGAGAGCUGAAAUUGAACGUUAUGUAUCACUUUUCUCGGACGCUCUUACAAAGUUGUAUAUUUUUCCGUUUCUUCUCUUACCCCAUCUUGGCUCCCAAAUUCUGAUGCCGUGUGUGUGUGUGUGUGUG